AUGAUCUCGUCGAGAUCGAGCUCAACGAUGAGCGCGAUGAGCAUGGUGCUCUUUGUGCUUCUGACGCUCGCUGCCUCGGCAUGUGCGCAGAUGGCCCCCGUGCGCUCUCGACCCGUCCGAGCGCGCGAUGCCUUCUCCGACCAGGACCCCCUCAACAAAGAAGGCGAGGACCACGGCAAGCCCACCGUGCCUAGUGGUGCUUCGCUCGUCUCGCUCCCCAUCACCUCGGACGCCUCGGUCGCAACCUACUGGACCGCCAACCCGAACAACGCCACCGCCACCAACGCCUAUAUCAUGAUGCACGGUAAGCUGCGCGACGGGGCCAAUUACUGGAGCGUACUCGACACCGUGCUGGAGCAAGCCGUCAAGGCGAAGCAUGCCGGCGCCGUCAGCACCUCCAUCGUCACCGCCCCGCAGUUCUACUCGACCAGGCUCAACUCGGGCCAAUACACCAACAGCCAGAUCGCCUUUGCCGACACCAACGUGUGGCAGGCAGGAGAGGCAGCCAAUCGCCCGAUCGGAACCAACGUGACCAGCUUCGAUGCUCUUGACGCACUCCUCGCCGAGUUCAGCGACACGGCAAAGUACCCUAACAUGAAGCAGAUCACCUUUGUCGGCCACGGCGGCGGCGCACAGCUCAUCUCGCGCUACGCUGUGGUGGGCGCGGGUCUGCCGAGCGGGAGCAAGAUCCAACUGCGGUAUGUUGUGGGCGAUCCCUCGUCCAAUCCCUACUUCACUCUCGAUAGACCUCUGCAAGACACUUCGGUCGCAGAUAAGGCCACAUGUCCGCUCUACAACCGAUGGCGCUACGGCUUUGACCGCUUCAACGGCACGCGGGCGGCGCCGUUGAUGACGCCGCAGCAGUACUUUGCUCGCUUUGUCACGCGCGAUGUUCGCUGGGUGGUCGGCUACCAGGAUACCACCAACGACGGCGACGACACGUGCAUGGCCAAGCUCCAGGGCGGCGAAGCACGACGCGAUCGAAAUCUGGCCUGGUGGAGAUACCUCAACACGCUGGCCGGAACCAACCAGGACCUCACUGGCUUCCCUGGAGCCUUGCCUGGCAUGACGAGUUGGGCCAACGUCACCAACAGUACGCUGGCGCAUAGAUUGACGGUGGUGUACGAUGCCGAUCACAACGCCCAGGAGGUGUACACGAGCAUAGAGGGUACGUCGGCUCUGUUUGACGACUCGAGCAACGUGCAGCUUGGGUGGAGACCACAGGGCUGGAGAAACGUCACAACGGCAACACAAACAAAGUCGCCAGCAGCAGGAUCCGCCGGCGCAAACUCUUCACCCGCAGCGACGAUUGGUAGCUACAGGGCCGUGGCAGCAUGCAUGGUCCUGGCCGCAUUCGUCUCGAUCGCAGUCUCGCUGCUUUAA